AUGUGGAUAAUCAAGAUUUAUCCAAGUGAUACUAGAUGGGCAAGCUUUGGAGAAGUCAUAGUGGCAGAACUGGGCGGCGAAGAACAUCCGGACCGGUUGACCAUCUUCCAAUCCAGGCCAAACCUGAAAAAGGGGAGCAUGUUCACCGGAAACGAACCUACCUCGCCCACUAAAUAUGAAACUAUGAGUUCAGAUGAGCAGCUUCAAUUAGUCAAAGAAAUGGAAAUGAUCUUCAGCUACCUAAAUCACAAGGAUAUAUGGCCUAAGGACUGUGCUGUCUACGAGGCGAUUUACGACCAUAUGGGUAACUUCGAUACUUGGUACAGCACACAGCAAGGUGCAGGCACCACGAUUCCAAGCCUACUGAAAGAAUGGAAGGAGUACAACCGCUUAGUGCUCGACUCCAUGGUCCGUAGAGCUAGAGACACCGAGAUCUGGAUGUACAACAACAAGGAGAACUACUUCAACAUCAAGAUAGCGAGUACCUGUAAGAACAUGGACAAGUCUAGAGUCUAG